CCAAAAGCAACCCUACAGAAUCGUGUAUGCGAUUCAUACUCUCAAUAAGUCUGUCAAAAUUCUGGCAAUGAAAUAUCGCGUUUAAUUUAUAUGGCGGCAAAACAUUACGAAAUGGAAGAUAUUUCAAUUUUGAAAAUUCCUGAUAAAGCUCUUUCUCGUCGUGUUCACGCUGUCUUUUCACCUCGUAAUGAUUUCUUAGUGUAUGGUGUUCCAGACUCAUCAGGCGGAUGCUGGCCCCAAUUUCUUCAUGAAGUCAGUACAAAAGCUGCUCUAUACAAUCAGUAUGUACGUAAACUAGUCAAUGAGUCUCAUGAUGUGUUCUUGUCAUUAAAUUUGAGAAUUCAUGGAUUACAGGAUUCGAGAAAAAGCAAUGAGUUACUAAAAGUUAGUCAGAAAUAUCGCUCAGUUCUUUUGGCAUGCUUGGAAGAUUUGGAUGCAGCUUUGGACUCUGUUAACAAUGAGGAAGCACUGGAACUGCGUAAUAUGUUUACCGACAUAGAACUUCUGUGGUGUUUAUUACAAUGUUUGAUAAUGGAGUCUCAUUCUGGCUCUCGAGUUCUGUACAAGUUACUAGAGUGGAUAAAGUGGCAUUUUUUCAAUGCCGAAAAGAAGUUAGAAGAAAUUGGUCAAUAUGAAGAACCAUAUAAUCAUCCAGAUUAUUGGGACACGGUGAUUCAAUUUUUACUGCAAGGAAAGGUACAAUCUGCACGGUUAAUGCUACAAACGCAUCCAAAAUUUCAGCGAGAAGAUUUUAAUAGUAUUGAUGAAUUACUUAAAAAAAUGCCUAUGUAUGUUGCUUCUUGCGAAAUAUCAUUAAAUGAAUUUCGCAUUAGGUGGAAACAUUGGCAAGAAGAAUGCAAAAUUCGUCUUGAAAGAGGGGAAUUUUCUACGGUUCACGAACUGGAGACAAUCUGUAAAAUACUUUGUGGGGAUCUUGAUACACUUACUCUUAAAAGUAAUCUUUGUGGAAAUUGGUAUCACUUAAUGGUAUCUGUGUUGUUGUAUACUGAUCCAUGUGUAUCACUUUCUUCUUUGGGAGAUAUAGCUCGAGCAUAUUACAAUGGUGUUUCAUCAGAGGUUAAAAAUAAAUCAAGUUUGGUUGAUUCAAUUAUUCUGGCUGCCAUGGAGUUAGAUAUCAUCAAUGUAAUCAAUCUAUCAUGUUCAUUCAAUGAUGGUUGGUGGUUUGCUCUGCAUAUGAUGGACCUUCUUAUGCAUGGUAAUUAUAUCCAUGAAAUCCAACAAAAAUACCCCUACCAUCAAAGAAACCAUCUUCUAAUGAGUUAUGCAGAGUCUCUAAUGGCACACAGUAGUCUAUGGCAAGUUGGUAUUGAUUACCUUGAUCAGUGUCAAGAAAAUGGUCGGGAGCUUUUGGAGUUGUAUUUAGAAAGAAUACCAUUAAAUACUGAAGCAAAAGCACGGAAAAUCAUAUAUUUAGCUAAGAAGAGAAAUAUGGAUGCUUUAGUCAAAACUAUUGCUAAUGUAAUGACAUCUAGAGCUAUGGCAAAUGGGCAACUUGGAAGUGCGUUGACGUGGGUAAUGCAUUCAAAAGAUGUGCAUUUUGCUGAUGAAUUGGCAGAUAGGUGGUUAAACGAUUAUGCUGAGCAUCGAAAAAUAGAAGGCUUUGAAAUUUUAAAAAACAUGGCCUCAUGCAUGUUAGUUAGUGAUAAAUUAACUUUUGUUGGUAAAUAUUGUGAAUUUCAUAAGCUUUUUAAUGAUAGAAAUUUUAAAGCCGCUGCAUCAUUGUUGGUGUCUUUAAUAUCAUCUGAAAUAGCACCUUCCAAAUUUCAGGUAAUUAUGUUACUUGAUGCCAUGCCUCUACUAGAAGCUUCUGAAUUAAUAUUUUCAAGGAAAGACACUUACCAUUUAAUGAAAUGUUUAGAGUCUUUGUCUAUAUGCAAUGGAGAAAAUGAGAAUGUUGGUGAUGCUAAAGAAAAUCUUAUUCGCUUAGCACUUGUUAGAAAUUUGGCAAGAUCGUUUGUGAUAGAGACUGGUGAAUCAGACUCUGAGGAUGAUCUAUAGCAUUUUUGUUAAUUUGUAAAUUUUGUUAUGCUUUUUUUUACCAUUGUAUUAAAUUAUUUG